CGUCAUGCCGGAAACUUACAAUGAUGGGAUGUCCACAUACCCUAGCGAAUUUGGUCCAUCCGACCAAGGCCCAAGGACUGCUGAAGAGAUGGCGACAUUUGGACAGCGGUAAGUCCAAAUCCAAGGUUAGCUAAUUACAAAACGCAGGCUAAUUACUCUGGAUGGGGGCACGACUACAAUGACUUAUGCGGCUCAACCGUUCGACUGCUCUCCCUGGAAUUUCCCUUUCUUCAGAUUGCCCCUUCAUUCUAUUGUUUGUCAGUCCGAUGGAUUAUAUCUACCUUGAAUCAGAUCUUUGGAUCGGACAUCUCAUACAUUUGUUCAUAUUCUUUGAAGCAGUUAUACUAACGAUUCCUUCACCGAUGUCUCUCUGCUUCCUCUCUGAAGCCACCGUUGAGACAUCUGCGCGUAAGUGCUUCUCGAAAAUAGUUUCAUUAUUUUGUUCCCUAUUGCUUUCCCCGAGGCUAGCACCAUACCCACCUGAUAGCACACCAAUUGGUACACUUUUUGAUCCAUUUUGGCUUCCUCUUCGUUGCCAAUGUUCUAUUUUUGGUACACAAUUCUUCGACCCCGUGACUGGGUGUGCACUCCUUCUACGCACUGAUUUGGUCCAACCCCUGCUAAGCAGGCACCACGUAACGGUACCGUCAACGUCUAUGUCAGUCUCAUGCCCCCAUCCAGCUUUUUACAGGCAUCCGCCAUUAAUAGGAAUUGGAGCCAUACCACUCGGAAGUUGGACAUUUGGAGCCAUGCCAGUUGCACAAUUACACAUGCCAACCGGACCGGAAUAUUUGCCCACUUUCCCGGACCAAGAUGCACUCCUAACUCAGAACACGCAGGACCUUUACCCCUCCGAUCGCCAGUAUCGCUUCGAGACCCCGAUCAACCCGCCAGGUCCGUUUCCGCAUGCAAGUUCAGGAGCCGGAACGCACCAAGGAUGCCCUAUUCUCCCAAGUGGGGAACCAGUCGACUGGGGAAGUUCCCAGAACUGGCUACUCAUGGAACAACCGCCGUUGCCAAGAGCAAAAUCCAAUCCUCGCUCCGGAACGGAGUCUCCACCGAGCCACGCGCUCAACAAGCACACUGAGCCAAAUACAACAGGAGAAGCAUCUAGGUCCGAUGCAACGUCCUUUUCUCCUGUGGAGCCAAGCACGAUCGCGCGGAGUCGACGCAGAAAGCGCUCCAGCAUCUGCUUCCGAACCGAAACCAAGACGCACUACAGAUGCACCUAUGGCAACUGCAACAAACUGUUUUCGCGGAUCCCUGAUCUUGAUCGCCACCAUCGAGGCAGCCAUGAGGGUAUGAGAGACUUCACGUGUCGCGUCGCUGGGUGUCAGAGAGCGGUGCGAGGUUUCUCACGGAAGGACAAGAGAAACGACCAUGAACGCAAGAUGCACAAGGAUUUGGACGGUGUCUUUACCGGAGCUCCGUUCAUAUGAACGGUGUGGCGUCAAGGUCUAUUGUUCGGGCGGUUUGGCGGUUUGGCGGUUUGGCGGAUACGGCUUGGAUUGGAGUUUGACGUCUUGGUUCACGUCUACUGUUUGGAUCAAUGUACACGAUACCUAUCCGUUGGUUCCGAGCCUGUGUAAUCUCUAAG